AUGUCCGUUGCACAUCUAGAUCUAGCCCAAUCCGCCCUCCCUUCGUGGGAGGCAGCCGUGCCCGGCAUCUCUGAUGAAUCUAUACGUCAACUCCAAAGCCAUCGACCUGCCCCCCUCGUCCCGCAGGACAUCAGCUGGCACAAUAUCCAGGAUCCGGACCGGUUCAGCAGCUUCCUCUACCGCCCCGCCGUGCAGGAGGCCGUCUUCUUGCUCAUCCACGAAGAGUACCACCGCCUCUCCAUGGACGACACCGCCCUCGCCUACGGCCGCGACCUCUACUGGUCCCGGCACAAGGCCGCCCGUGUUCUGCGCUUCUUCGCCACCCUGGAUCGCGAGCGCGAGGCCGCCGGCCUUUCUCCCCUCGGCAGCCUGCACGAAACCGCGACCCGCUGGAUCGAGGUCUUGCUGUACCACGUCUGCAGGGGCAUCGACUGGACGUGGGAGAGCUUUAGCGGGUUUGCGGGCCUCCCUGAGCCCGCCGAGGAUCCGUUUUGGACGACGUAUCGGCAGAGCGUUGCCUACGAUUCCUUUAGGCUAGGGGAUGCUAUUGCCAACAUCCGGGGUUGUACGCGGCGGGUGUUGAGAACCCACUCCCUCACCGCGUUCCGCAUCUUCGCCAACUGCGCCGAGGUCCAGGACGCCAUCUACUCCCUCAUCCACGAAGACGAGACCUCCACCUACCCAAAAUACCCCGCCGCCGAAGCCGUCGCCCAAUGCUUCGAAAUUCUGGAGCGCGAACGCGUCGCCCGCGAGAUGCUUUCCUUCCGAAACUCCCACUUCGUCACCACCCUCGUCUACACGUACAUCGGGCCUGGAACAAAGGCCACCAACGAGAUCUGGGUCGCCUUCGCCGCUAGCCCCUGGUACAAGGGUCCCAAGUGGGAUGAAGCAUUGCGCAAUCUCACUGUGGCCUCCUCGGUGGAGGUCUUUGAGAUCGGUCGUUAUCUGCAUACGGUUGUUGAGGAUGGGGAUGACUGGUUCAUUUCCCAGUAUUCUCGGAUGGGUCUCAUCAAGUAG